AUGCUGACUCGCCCAGCCACCCACUCUGGGUCCUGGUACUCCAAAGACCGCACGGUCCUUUCCGAACAGGUGGCCCGUUUUCUUGCCCAGGCUCCGCCCCCGAAACCCGGGGCCAGGGUGCUUGUGGGGCCUCAUGCGGGAUACGCGUACUGCGGACAGAGGUUGGCAGAGACGUACAAGGCGUGGGACUGCCGGCACACACAGACCGUGUUCAUCCUCGGCCCGUCACAUCACGUGUUCUUCCAAGACACCGCCCUUUUGACGGCCCACGCCGGAUACAGCACGCCCUUGGGGCACGUGCCCGUGGCCACCGGCAUAUGCGAGGCGCUCGUGGGCCAGGGGCUGGCGUUUGGCUACAUGAGCGGAUCCGUCGACGCGGACGAGCAUCUGUUUGAGAUGCACUUGCCGUUUUUGGUGCAGCGGUGCCUUGACGAAAACAUCCCGGUGCCCCGCGUGGUGCCCAUCAUGGUCUCGGGGCUCUCGGCGCAUGCCCGCGGCGUGCUCGUGGCGGCGUUGCGGCCGUAUUUCGCCGACCCGCACAACACCUUUGUCGUGCUGUCUGAUUUCUGCCACUGGGGCCGCCGGUUCGGGUACACAAAAUACGUGUCCGACCCGGGCCUGCUGAGGCCCACGGCCUACGAGAAGGCCCCCGCGCACAAGGUGCCGAUCUACAAGUCGAUCGAGUAUUUGGACCGCUCGGCAAUGCAGGUGGCUGCGGCGGGGCUGCUGGCCGAAUGGGACGCGUACAUCGAGACUACAGGCAACACGAUCUGCGGCCAGAGGCCGAUUGCAGUCGUGUUGCUGCUUUUGGAGGACUACAGGGCGCGAGGCGGUGAGUUGGCAUCUGGCGCGGUGUUCCAGUGGCUUGGCUACUCGCAAAGCAGCAGGGCCACGUCUGCCUCGGACUCCAGCGUCUCGUAUGCCGCAGGAUACGUGCAGCUCAAGUAG